ACAUUCUCCCAAUCUAAUACCUCCCAGCUUAUACAUUUUGCGAUAUACACGCCGGCCAGACGCACUAGCUCGCUCAGUUCCUCGCGAGAUUCGGGAAAAUUCAGACGUGAUUUCUAUUAGAUAGCCUCUCCAUACCACAAUCUUUUUUCUUCACAUACCUUUAUGGAUCUGUUACCAUUUGACUACACUCGAGCAAAAGCACUCGGUUAGAGCAAAAGAGCUGGCUGAUUGAUGUGUUGGAUUUCGGGGGGUAAAAAAAAGAAAAGGCCUUAUAUCACAGCACUUCAUCUAUAGAAAUCAAUUUUUGAAACAGGCUAUUCCAUCAAUUUCGGAUAUAAAUGAAUCUGUGUAGUUUUUCGACACACCACAGUGGAAGUAAGCUCGCAAAUUAGUGUGGAAAGUGAAGAACAAUUUCACCUUUUUUUUUGCUUAUGUAAUUGUGAUAAGUUUCAAAAAAAAAAACAAGAAGAGAGUAUUUCACUCGAAGAAAUUGGAAUAAAAAUCAUCAGAGAGUCAUUCAGUUUGCUGAAUGAACAUCUAAAGUCAAUUCAAACGUUUCUUCCGCACAGCACUGUGUACAAUCAAAAUUUUAAAUUUAGAUAUAUAUAUAAAUUGGUGCGUAAAUCAAAAGAAGUCACAAUAGAAAAAUGUCUCUAUACGACAACAGAUUUACCAAAUACUGGGAUUUUCUCUUCACUGAAUUGGCCGAUCAUCGAACAAAUCACUGGCCACUCAUAUCAUCACCUGUGCCUGGACUUACAAUUAUAGGGUUGUACCUCUACUUUGUGGGAUCAUGGGGUCCCAAAUACAUGGCCAAUAGAAAACCCUUCAAGCUUGAACGAACCCUCGUAGUCUACAAUUUCCUCCAAGUCAUAGUUAGUACAUAUUUGUUUGUAGAAGGACUCGAUGGAGCUUGGUUGAGGAAGUACAACUGGCGAUGUGAACCAGUUGAUUUCUCGGAGACCGAUGAAGCCAUGAGGGUGGCCCGGGGCUGCUACGUAUACUUCCUGGCCAAGAUAUCUGAACUCCUCGAUACCGUGUUCUUUGUGCUGAGAAAGAAGGAACGCCAAAUAUCCUUCCUUCACAUGUACCAUCAUACUGUGAUGCCAAUGAUUUCCUGGGGUGCCACCAAAUACUAUCCCGGUGGUCAUGGAACUUUCAUUGGUGUGAUAAACUCAUUCGUGCACAUAGUCAUGUAUUCGUACUAUUUAUUCGCUGCCAUGGGACCUCAAUUCCAGAAAUACCUUUGGUGGAAGAAGUACAUCACUAAACUACAGAUGAUUCAGUUCUGUAUGGCCUUCCUCCACUCUGCCCAACUUCUGUACACAGACUGUGGCUAUCCACGGUGGUCAGUCUGCUUCACGCUUCCAAAUGCAAUUUUCUUCUACAUGCUGUUCAACGAUUUCGCCCAAAAGACAUACAAGAAACCACGAGAUGGCCUAACACGUGAUCAGAACGGAAAUGCCAAUGGUAGUCUCUGUGCUAAUGGUGAUACAUUGAAGUGUGUUCAACGCAAUGGUAGUUGCGAGACAAAUGACUGUAGCGGUGCUGAAGAUAAAGAGAAGAAAAACUAAUUUUAUUGACACUCCUUAUAUACAAAUAAAUGACCAUUUCUUUUUAUCCUUAUUCGUCGCCAGAGAUAAAUUCAUUGAAUACAACAAGUCGUAGGGUAUUCAGGAAUUUUUAAACCUUAAUUUUAUAUAAUUAUGAUAAAUUGUACAAUCAUAAAAAAUCUACAAUUUUAUAGUUGUUUUAAAAUUGACACCCACUUGGUCAAUUUUAUGCAGAUUUUUAUAUUAUUUUUAAUGCAUAGUUAUUAAGCAAAUGAUUUAUGUAUAAUUAAUGUUAUAAGUUUUUUUUUUUGUACGUGAACUUAAAGAGUGGCCUUUCAUUUAUACACGCCUAAAACUUCCUAACCAAUUUGAGAUGUUUUUGUUUUACCCUCGAGACCUUUCUCUUUCAACCAAAAUAGCUACAAAACAUUAGAGUUCAAUGAUAUGUUUGCAAUGUGAAAAUUUUCGGUGAGGUCAAAGAAAUUCAAACUCACUCACCUUGAUUGCCCCAAAGUGGGCCCUUUUUUAUUUCCUACCAUCUAUACCACUCUAAGGAUUUACAUUUAUCAUAAAUUUACCAUAUAUCUCAAUUGAGAUUCAAUUCUCAGAUUUAUUGUUACAAAUAAUAAUUUUGGGAUUGACAAAAUGUUGUGGGGAUACAUUAUUUUGGGAGAUGUGAAAAAAGGAGAUAAGACGAUGAUGGAUAAUAGAAUAUUUAUAAUCAGGUUGUGUUUCUAGUGUGAUAUAAUGUCAAUUAAUCUUAGGCAGAGUUUAAAUAAAUUCUUCAACAGUUAUAACAAAAAACUGAUAUUGCAAUAUGCAGGCAGGGAGAAUGAAAAACCAAAACGAGAAUAAUAAUUUAUUUCACUGGAGAAGAACUCUAAUUACACAUCACUUUUACAGAAUAAUAAUAACCUAAAUGAUUAAUAUAAGUAACAAUUAAUUUAAAACAUUUUUUGGUUAUCAUUCUUAUCAGUUUUGUUUUGAAAAUAAACUUUCUUUUCAUUACGAUCAA